AUGCUUCUGCUUUCGUUCUUGGGACUUGUUGCGUCCCUGACUCUGUGGGGCACGUUCUUCCCUGUGCCAUAUACCGAUAUCCGCCCCCACGGGUCCUUCGUGGAAAGGGUGACUGGGGCAAUUAGGGCCUCAUUUUUUUUAACAGGCACCUAUGAAUUCGUGCUAACCGCCAAUUCGAAGGCCGCCGGGGCCUUCCAGCACGAGAGACCUGGGUCGUUCGCGGGCUUCUCAGGACUCCCCAGAUUGCCUAGUGAUGCAUAUCUCGAUGGUAUGUAUUGCAACAGCAGUUCCUGGGUAUUCAUCCCCAGUGGUGGUACGGUAGCGUCCCCAAAUACAUGUUUCUCGCGAGAUAUGUAUUCCGGCAGCUCCUCAGAAAUCGGUUUGGCCGUGGAGGCUGUGGAGCCCUCUCGCGUUGCUAUUGGCGGCGUCGAGAUGGACGAUGCGGCGCAAUCAGCCAAAUCAUCCAGUUUUCUUCUGGAGCUAGCUGUCGGGUCCCUGGCAAUAAUCUUCGUCUGUUGGCUGAGUCUGAAACUCAUCAGUAUUGCUUACACACGGGAGGAUCUGGCCCUCUCCUUCGGUAGACUUUUCGUGCCUUCACCAGAGGUGGCUAAACACUUCGUUAUGACAUCCGGUCUGACCGUCACGAUCAACAUGAGCAAUGAUGUGGCCCUGGUGCCAAUAUCAGAUGCUUACGAGGUCGUUACCGCCAUGAUCGAGUCAUCUAUGGGCAUGGGGCAAUCAGGUGUAAACCCCAUCUACUACAGGGAGAACGGUCCUGUCUUCACCGACUCUGUUGCAGUGUGUGACGUUCCGUUGUCAAGUCUUGCAUUGGUUACAGGCUCGCAAUUGGUGGAAUAUUCGUUCCAUCCAGUUGUCGACGUCAUAAUCAAUCGUUUGGCGCGACAGCAGAUCGGAACGCCUGUUAACUGGUCGAAUUGCAUAGCCGCAGACUCUGAUGCCAUACCCGUGGAAAGAGUCAACAAUGAACCCGGUUCGACUUCCCUGUUGCCUGCCUCAGUUGCUUCAGUCCGUAUGCCCCAGUUGACGGCGCUUGUGCUCCGCCGGCUGGAGAACAUCUCGCACUUUGUGCUCCUGCGGCUCGUGUUCGUUAUCGUCGCGAACGCAGGUGAUGGGCAAACGGCUGCGGAAAACAGGAGCAGCACCGACAAGGAAGAAGGACCCUCGGAGCGUCCAAAGAGGAACAGGAUGGGCCAGAGGCAACGACGUCGACUUUACCAGCGCGAGAUGCGGAAACAACAGGCGGAACUGAUAGAUCGCCUGGAAAUGGAGAGUGAUGGUGGAUCUAAUCCACCACCACAAGCUCCUCCAGCUCCUCUACCAGCCUCGCCUGUUGGGCAUGCCGCGUCGUCGACAGUUGCGCCGAUGGCACCAAUUCGGCCUGCCAUGCCUGUGAAUCUACAGGGCCAGGGGAAUGGGUUCCGCCCACCUCAUCCACAUCCGCCUCCCCCCUUUCGGCAAUUCCCGGUAGUUGCCAGACAACCGCCCGUUCCAGGGCAAGGAGGUCAGAUGCCGCCGUUUCCUUGGCCGUACCAGCAGUACGGCUAUCCCCACUAUCCUCACCAACGGUUCUAGCUUCAAACUAGAGCAUGUUCACAUUCCGUUCGUUUGCUAGAUCUGGGCUGAGGACGAAAUUAUCCGCUCCACCCCACUUGCACCAUUUCUUUCCUCCGGCCUUUCGUCAGAUUGGUUCGAUGUAGGUGAAUGAUGUCAGGUGGGAGAGCGAUUUUUUUUGAACUCCUUGACC